AUGCCCGCAGAAGUGAAGCAGAGAAAGAAAAAGCAAAAUGAUGAAAAUCUUCCCGAUUGUGUUAACAAACAAGAAGACACACAAGCGAAACGUGAAAAUGUCAGCACAUCUCCUAAAACGUCGAGUUUGGACCUCAAAUGUAUCAUGUGCGUCCUGUCAAUUUCGAUGUGUGUGGCACUCGGCUGGAUAGUGCUGCAGCAGAAUGCCAGGUUCUCCCAAAUGGAGGAAAAAUUUGCACGCUUGUAUGGAAAGACGUCAAGUUUGUCUGUUAUGGAGGAGAAAGUCGAGAAGGUGACCAAAAAACUCGCCGCCUCCGAGGAUAACCUCCACGCGGCGCUCAUCUCCGUCUCCGCGGCGAGCGAACUCCAGCGGGAUGUUUCCGAACUGCGCUUCACCGUUGAGUCACUGCAAGCCGAAGACGUAUCGGUAUCGGGCGACCUAGAAGCGGUCAACGCUCGAUUUCUCAACGUGACAGAGACGUGGCAGGAGCGCCUCGCCGCCGCCGUCUCCGAGCUGGAAGCCCUCAAGGCUGAGUCCGGGGAAGCCCGCAUCGGGGCCGCGGAGAGGGUGAACGAGGUCGAGCGGAGGACCCGUCAGCUUACGGAGAAAUUGGAGGAGUUGGAAGACAGCACCAGGAGGAACGCCCGGGCCAUGGAGCGCGCUGAAGAGGAUGAUACCAAGCGAGCGCAGGCGCAGCUUGACUGGAACACCGGUCAAAUCCAGAAAAUGGAUGAGAACAUCAACAGGCUGGUUCGCCAGGAGGCAGAGCUGGACGCCCUGCUACAGGAGCACCUGCCGAGGGCGAAGGAGUGCGAGGAGCAACUUCCCCUAGUGGAGGAGGCCCUGCGUUCCGUCGUGAAGCUGGGAGCUGACUUAAGCGCAACCGAAAGGCGCCUGGAGGACGUGACGCUGCAGGUCUUCUCGGCUGAGGACAACAUGCUAAAGACGCUUAACCAGAUUGUCUCCAUGCGCAAGGAAAUGGAUGCCCUGAAGGCGCGUGGCAGCAUUCUGAAAAUGAAGAGCGAGUUGGAGGUGGUGCGUGAGGCCGUGCAGGAACUCACUAUGGUGCUCAGAGGUGGGCAGGCAGAUGAGGAGGAAGAGGAGCCCGAUGAAGAGUGGGAAGAUCCUCAAAAUGAGUGCGAGAGCGUGCAAUUAACGCUGGACGAUGUAGGCGCUCGUCAACAGGUAGCGCGGGCCAACUGCGAGGUUCUGGAGCAGGAUGUUGGCCAGCUGAAGGAGUGGGUGUCUGGGUUGAGUGCAGAGCGGUCUGAGCUACGGGCCAAAGUUGAGGCGAUCGGCAGCGCCGUGAAUCAGAUUGAGGCCCGCGCCUCUGCCAUCGCCCAGGACUUUGCUAACAAGGUAGGCUACUUUCCAGUUUUGAUGUGA